AUGUACGAACGCAUUACAUUUGAAAAAAUUCGACCCAAACAUCUGGCCAAAAGGCUUAAAAAAAAUUUUAAGAUAAAUACAACUAUCAUCUCACUGGAGCCGAUCUAUAUCGCAGAUUCUCACAAAAAUGAAUACAACAAAGCAUCCUCGUGCAUUGGGGAUGGCUGUAGAAGUUCAAAUAGUGACCUGAAGAGAACAUGUUCGGUGAAAUGCAGUUUGAAUGCCAGUUGUGCUGGGUUCGCCUACAAACGGAACGGUGAAAGAGACGAUUGUAGAAUCAUUCAUGUGGAUAAUUUGAGGAACAUCACUGCAACAUACUUCGGUCUUGAGAAGAUGAUGGUGUUCUUGAGGAGUGGAGAUCAUGAAAAGAUUUUUGGACAACCUCUAAAUACGCAGAAGAAGAUGCAUGUAUUUUUUGGAAACGAGAGCAAAUGGGAGGAAGCAAGGAAUUAUUGCAGAGAUGAAUUCAAGGCAAGUCUGCCUAGCAUAAAAAAUAAACAUGAAAACGAAAAUCUAAGAAAAUUUCUCAAGACCAGUUCUGUUAAUAAAAAUUGCACUGAUUACUUUUGGACUUCUGGUAAAAAAGCAGCAUCCGAUAAAUCGGGUUCCAAUAUAGAAUGGCACAAAGUUAAAAGACUCCCAGUCAGUUCUUACAGAAACUGGGAGAAUCCUGAUGAAGAAAAGAGUAAUUUGACUUGCUUGGCGAUAAACAGAGAGCUUGGCACAUGGCGUAUGAGUGAUUGCAGUAAAAAAUUGCUAUGCUACGCCUGCGAGUUUGCGAUUGACGAUUUCGCAAAGUGA